GCCAAAGGGCCAGCCCCCGGCUCCGAAAGUUCAUUGAAAAGGAUAUUUACCGGAUCGUCAUCAUUAAAGAAUCCUUCCCCAAACAUAAAAAGCGGUGUUGCCACAAGCUAACGCGAUCCUUCACCGAUUUGCGCGUGUUUCGAAGUCUACUCACUCGUGAACUCUUUUCAUAGCACCAAAAGCCCAAACUCUCCCUCCCUCCAACAAACCAUUUCAUUUUUCCUGGGAUGGAUUUCUCGGAAGAGGGCUUGGAACUGAAGGAAAUUCAGAGGCUGGAAGGACAUAACGAUAGGGUUUGGAGUCUGGCCUGGAACCCCACCAGCUCUUUGCUGGCUUCUUGUAGCGGCGACAAGACCGUUCGAAUCUGGCAACGUUCUCCCUCCACUUCUUCUUGGCACUGCAAGGCAGUUUUGGAAGAAACACACACUAGGACAGUUAGAUCGUGUGCUUGGUCACCGUCCGGCAAAUUAUUGGCCACAGCGAGCUUUGAUGCCACUACUGCAAUCUGGGAACUUAUUGGUGACGAUUUCGAGUGUGUAUCCACUCUAGAGGGACAUGAAAAUGAAGUUAAAAGUGUUUCUUGGAAUGCAUCCGGGUCUCUGCUUGCAACGUGUAGUAGAGACAAAUCCGUUUGGAUUUGGGAAGUGCAGCCUGGCAAUGAGUUUGAGUGUGUUUCAGUGUUGCAAGGACAUACACAGGAUGUUAAAAUGGUUCAAUGGCAUCCCAUUAUGGAUGUGUUGUUCUCUUGCAGCUAUGAUAAUACUGUUAAGAUUUGGGCAGAGGAUGGUGACAGUGAUGAUUGGCAUUGUGUUCAAACUCUAGGUGAAGCUAACAAUGGGCACACCUCUACUGUUUGGGCUCUUUCUUUUAAUCCAGAGGGGGACAAAAUGGUUACCUGUAGUGACGAUCUUACUGUAAAGAUAUGGGACACGGAUAGCAUAACAAUGCAAGCUGGUGAAGGAUAUGCACCUUGGAAACAUCUUUGCACGCUCUCAGGCUAUCAUGAUCGAACAAUCUUUUCAGUACAUUGGUCAAGGGAAGGGAUAAUUGCCACUGGAGCUGCCGAUGAUGCCAUACGAUUUUUUGUUGAGAGCAAAGACGGCUUGGUUGAUGGGCCUUUGUAUAAGUUGAUGUUGAAGAAGGAACAGGCUCAUGACAUGGACAUAAAUUCGGUGCAAUGGAGCUCUGGGGAGAACCGCCUACUGGCUUCUGCAAGUGACGAUGGUACAAUAAAGAUAUGGGAGCUGGCUUCUAUAACCUGAUAUAACUUUGAAUUUUUUCGAUCAUUUGGCCUAAAAAAUUUCUUAAUGUCAGCAGCAAUGUGUAUGUGUAUUAUGUGGUUCGAAACUUUAGAAGAGAAGAAAAUAAAUAUUUAUCUAGGAAUGUUAUUGUAAUCAUACUGGGGCAGAAGUUAUUUAUUAACUUCACAACAAUUGGGCUUAUGGCUAAAAGAAAUUGCCUCGAUCCCAUCGACCAUCAACUCAGCUUUUACUAAUGGGUCGGUAUGAAAUAGAAGUGGUGGGAUAAUCGCUGCUUUACUGUGUUUCAUUUUGUUGCA